AUGAAUAACCAGGAGGCCGUCGCGAAUCCGAAUGCCUUAGCCAUGGAGAAGACGAUCUUUUUAAAAGACACAGCAGGUCAAGAACGCUAUCGAACGAUCACAACGGCUUAUUAUAGGGGUGCAAUGGGAUUCAUAUUAAUGUAUGAUAUAACCAAUGAAGAAUCUUUCAACAGCGUUCAAGACUGGGUCACACAAAUUAAAACCUAUUCGUGGGACAACGCACAGGUAAUUCUAGUAGGGAAUAAAUGUGAUAUGGAGGACGAAAGAGUAAUUAGUUUCGAACGGGGAAAGCAACUGGCCGAGCAACUAGGGGUGGAAUUUUUCGAAACUAGUGCUAAGGAAAACAUUAAUGUUAAGGUAAAUUUUACAUUAUAUGAUUACUUUUUAUAAUCGCAGUAACUCAAGCCUUAAAUUA